AUGGGUGGUGCUCUAGGUUUAAGAGUUAAAGUGCAUAUGGCUAAUGAAAGACGAGGGAACUUAGCAUUGCCGUUGGGCAGAAAUAAGUUUGAAGCACACGAGGGUAACGACUUUGAAGUUAAAUGUGUGAUCCUGGCCUAUGAUGUCCUGGUAUGAAC